GCGCCGGUAAAAAUCCGCUGACUCAUUCCGAGCCUUAUCGGUCUGCACAGAUCUGCACCUUGGUUGUCAACCGUAAUUGCAGUCAUUCCCGCUCGCCUUCUGCUCAAACACGUGAAUGUUCUUCUCCGCUUCAGGAUACACUCCUGAAAUCCCGCGCGAGUUCGUCGUCGGCUCGAACAUUUGUGGCUCUGUCAGUGUGGCAUGCUGGGUGUUUUUGUUACUUCCCCAACUCAUCGAGCAAUAUAGGCUCAAGAGCGCCGACGGUAUUGCAAUUGGCUUUAUCACAUUGUGGAUGAUCGGUGAUAUCGCAAAUUUGCUGGGCGCGGUUAUCGGCCACCUGCGGCCAAACGUCAGUCUGUUGGCGCUGUGGUUCUGUUUCAGUGAUUCUCUGCUGGUUCUGUCUUAUAUUUACUACACACACAAAUCAAGACUUCAGAAAAUGCUGGAAGAGACCAAUGAAGACACCCCCCUGCUUCCUGGACCGGCCGAAUCGGAGCUGGACCAUACCCAUCAUCAUCAUCACCAUCACGCACACCACGCACCCUGGUGGUUAUCUACCGGUUUGCCCCUCGUCUUCGUGUUCUUGGUUUCCGCUGGCUCAUAUAUGUUGUCUGAUUCAACCCCUGACGACGGCCCCGAGGAGAAGCCCCUGGUCGCAGAGGUUCUCGGCUACUUUUCGGCGGCAAUGUACCUUUUCGCUCGCAUCCCCCAGAUCAUCCAAAACCAUCGCCGUCGCAGUGUCGAGGGCUUGUCAAUGGGCUUCUUUUUGCUCAGCAUGCUCGGCAACUUGACCUAUUCUGGCCAGAUUCUUAUUUUGCGUCAAGAUAAAGAGUGGAUCAUGCUCUAUUUGCCCUGGCUCCUGGGCUCUGUCGGCACCGUGUUCGAGGACCUGGUUAUCUUCGGCCAAUUCUACCUCUACGAUGACGACGACGAAAUAGACGACGAGUAA